AUGGUUCGCCCACUCAUCCAAGGUUUCGAUGGCGAGUAUUACCAGAGCUUCGGUAAAAACGCCAACUGUACCUUAGAGGUUUGCCCUAUUGAGGCCACCAUCUACAAGUACAAUCCAUCCAAGCCUGUUAACACUGCACUCACUGUCAUCUUCGGUCUGAUCAUGAUCGGUCACAUCUACCUCGGUGUUCGAUGGAAGACAUGGGGUUACAUGGUCAGCAUGAUCCUUGGCUGCCUUCUCGAGAUUGCUGGCUAUGCUUGCCGAAUCGCCUUGCACAAGAACCCUUUCAAGUUCUUGCCUUUCGUCGUUCAGACUGUUGCCUUGACCAUCGCUCCCAUCUUUUAUACCGCCGGAAUCUACGUCACUCUUUCCGCAAGCAUUUCCCACUUUGCCCCUGAUCUAACUCGCGUCAAGCCUGUUGUCUGGGUCUGGAUUUUCCUUCCUGCCGACAUCAUCUGCCUCAUUCUCCAAGCUGCCGGUGGUGCCAUCUCUGUCACAGGCUCCGGUGAUAAUUCCGCUGAGGUUGGCAACAAAAUCAGCCAGGCGGGCUUAUCCCUCCAGCUUAUUGUCCUUGUUGGAUUCAUGGCUGCGUUUGGUGACUUCUUCGUUCGCUUCUUCCGCGCCGGCCGCCUGCCCCAGAUCGAAUGGCGUCUGAAGGCCUUCGUCGCCGGUAUCACUCUCUCAGUCAUUUUCAUUCUCGCCCGUUGUGCCUUCCGUGUGUACGAGCUCAAGGAGGGCUACAGCGGCGCUGCCAUCACCCACGAAGUUCCCUUCAUCAUCAUGGAGGGUGUCUUCAUGAUCAUUGGCGCCGUGUUUCUCUACAUCGGACACCCCGGUCUUGCUCUCAAGCCCGGCGAGUCUGCCGUCGAUACUGCCCAGUACCCUGGCAAGGCCUCCGGCUCCGAUACUGAGGAUUCCGCUUUCCCAAGGUCCAAGGCCUGA